CACACCGCCCUAUUUAACUACGUGCUCGGUUGUGAGUUCACCACACAGCGGAGAGCGUCGAGAACAACGAGGCACAUAUUUACCUCCAGACAAGAGGGAAAGAUGGAAACCAGGGAUUCUAAUUUCAAUAUAUUGUUAGCGACCGAUUCGUACAAGGUCACACAUUAUAAACAGUACCCACCGAACACUAGUAAAGUGUACUCAUACUUCGAGUGCCGUGAGAAGAAGACGGAACCUACCAAGACUCGGAAGGUUAAAUAUGAUAAAACAGUCUUCUAUGGAUUGCAGUACAUCCUUCACAAAUAUUUAAAAGGGAAGGUCAUCACCCCUGAGAAGAUCCGGGAGGCGAGGGACGUGUAUCGAGAACACUUUCAAGACGACGUGUUCAAUGAGAAAGGCUGGAACUACAUACUUGAGAAGUAUGAUGGUCAUCUCCCCAUCGAGAUCAAGGCCGUGCCAGAGGGAAGCGUGAUUCCACGGGGAAAUGUCCUCUUCACUGUGGAAAACACAGAUCCUGAAUGCUACUGGCUCACCAAUUGGGUAGAGACCAUCCUGGUGCAGAUCUGGUAUCCCAUCACUGUUGCAACUAACUCCCGUGAGCAGAAGAAAAUCCUGGCCAAGCAUCUCAUGGAAACUUCAGGAACGUUGGAUCGCCUGGACUACAAACUGCAUGACUUUGGCUACAGAGGAGUUUCAUCACAAGAGACUGCUGGGAUCGGUGCCUCAGCACACUUGGUCAACUUCAAAGGAACAGACACAGUGGCCGGGAUUGUAGUUGUUAAAAAGUAUUACGGCACCAAAGACCCAGUUUCUGGAUUUUCUGUCCCAGCUGCAGAACACAGCACAAUCACGGCAUGGGGGAAAGACCACGAGAAAGAUGCCUUUGAGCACAUUGUGAAGCAGUUCCCCUCGGUGCCCGUGUCUAUAGUCAGUGACAGCUAUGACAUCUACAACGCCUGUGAGAAAAUUUGGGGUGAGGACCUCAGGGAGUUGGUGGAGAAACGAAGCGCAGAUGCACCUCUGGUUGUGCGUCCUGACUCGGGAAACCCUCUAGACACUGUACUAAAGGUCUUGGAGAUUUUAGGCAAGAAAUUUCCUAGUGUCGAGAACUCUAAGGGCUACAUGGUGCUUCCUCCCUACAUUCGGGUUAUUCAGGGUGAUGGUGUGGACAUUAAUACUCUGCAGGAGAUAGUAGAGGGGAUGAAGGAGCAUCGGUGGAGCAUCGAAAACAUCGCAUUUGGAUCAGGAGGUGCACUUCUGCAGAAACUAACACGAGAUCUUCUUAACUGCUCCUUCAAGUGCAGCUACGUGGUGACAAACGGAUUGGGGGUAAAUGUCUUCAAAGACCCUGUAGCAGACCCCAACAAGAGAUCGAAGAAGGGCCGUCUGUCUCUGCACAUGACACAGAGCGGAGAUUUUGUGACCCUAGAAGAAGGAAAGGGUGAACUGGAGGAGUAUGGAGAGGAUCUACUGCACACAGUCUUCCAAAACGGGAAGAUAGUAAAGACGUACACCUUUGACGAGGUCAGAGACAAUGCCAUGCUCAAGCAGAGUGAAGUCGAGGAGCUCCUUCAGUGAAAGGCCAAAGCGUCCCAAACACACACUCCUUCUUCCCCUCCCUCAUUUUAAACAUACUUUUUUUAAACUCCGCAAGGUUGGAGCUAUUUAAGAAAAAAAAAUCCCAGCACUGAAAAAAAUGAGAGAAUGUAACCGAUGGAGAAUAAAAGAAAAAAGUAAGGAAGCAAGAAAGAAAGAAAAUGCAGAGGAUGAACCUCUGUCUGUUUCCUGUGUCUUUUGUGUACGCAGCUUUUUUUUUUUUAGUUUGUAGAUUUUAAAGCUUCAAUGUCUUUCUUUCGAUUUGGGUAAAAAUGAAUACAUUUCAGAAAUUAAUGACAGACUAGAUUUGAACGGUCCGUUUCUCAGCUCCAUGUGUGAGCAAUCACAGCUCUCUGCUUUCAAAACACUUGAGCCAACACAUGGAGGUAUUAAUACCAGGUGUGUUUGGAGCCGGGAAACCGUAAGCUGCUCAUGUCAGUAGAGACGCAGUGGUGGAGUUGGGGAAACGUCCGAUGUAAAUUGUUUUAAUGAGGUAAUGUAACUUAAUUCUAUAUGACCAAAUUGUUGACCAGCCUUUGCUAUUUGCUUAGACGUUUGUGGGAGACUGGAUCCCCCCCAAAAAGCUGUAGAUUUCUUUUCGUGUCUUUGGUUGACAGAUUGAAAGAAAGAGUUGUGAAAAUGUACUGAAUGUGAACACCAUGUAUAUGGACCAGGUCCUUUAUUUUUUAAUUCUAUUUCUUUAUGCAAUCGAGGUGGCUAAUUUGAAGGGAUGCACUUUUUCAGUUUGUUUUCUUUUUCUUUUCUGGCCUUGUUCAUCUUAGGUUCAUUUUCCUUCCUCAGAGGAAACUAUCCAAAUACACUGCUAGAUGUUAAACCAUGUUGUAGAAACCUUCUCUAGUGUAAACAUUGUAAAGUAGCUGUGUCUCGUAAUGGGGGAUAAAAAAAAAAAACACCUUUUUUUGUACAAGUACAAAUGUCACUUGCCUCUGUUUUCUAUGAUGUAGAGAACAAAAAAAAUUUUGGUUUUAUUAUUUAAUGAGAAUCAUUUUAGAACAGCUUGGCUUCAGUAUUUUGUAUACUAACUGUUCAUUUAAACUCAUAAUCAUUAUUUUUAUGACAGAAGUAAAAUAUUGCCACAAAUC